AUGCAGACUGUCCGAUUGGUGCCAGGGAACGAGUCACCCGCCGCAACGAAGGCCCUCGACGCGCUCGCCCUCGCCGUCGCCAAGGGGAAGAGGACGGUCUUGCUCGUCGGCGCAGGGAUCAGUACGAAUGCUGGCAUUCCCGACUUUCGCUCGUCUGGAACUGGCCUCUACUCGUCCGGGUCCUCCUCCUCGCCGUCACCUCUCCCUCCGACUACGCUGAAAGGCCCCGACCUCUUCUCCGCUUCCGUCUACUCUUCGCCUGACACGACGUCUGAACACCUUCGCUUCAUCGCCCACUUCAAGCGGUCACUCGACGACAUCGAGCAGAGGUGCUCCUCCUCCUCCUCCGCCGCGUCCACUUCCUCUCCGUCCGGCACGGCAUCUACUCGCCCCGCAACCGCAACGCACGACUUCAUGCGCCUCCUCAAGAAGCGCGGCAAACUCCAACGCGUCUACACGCAAAACAUCGACGGGCUCGAAGGAGUCGGGACGGGGCUCGUCCCCGUCGCGCUCGAGGGUAUCACGCCCUCCGCGUCUCUGCCCGAAGGGAAGGGUAAAGGGAAGCCCAAGAUUGAGGGAGACUAUGUCCAGCUGCAUGGGAGCGUUCAUGCGGUCCGGUGCACGAGUUGCGCGUUCGUGAGGAGGUGGACAGAGGAGGACGUCAAGGCUUUUGAGGCGGGACAUGUCGGCGCUUGUCCCGAGUGCGAAGGGAAAGCCGCCCUCCGUUCCGCCCGAGGCCAACGCACCCUAACCUCCCUUUCGCGCGCCUACCUCCGGCCCUCAAUCGUGCUCUACUCCGAGCCUCCGCCCCUCUCCUCCUCACUCACGAUCGGCUCGCUCUCCCUCUCCGACCUCUCUUCCUCCCCCGGUCCAGACGUGAUGCUCGUAAUGGGCACGUCUUUGCGCAUUCCGGGGUUCAAGAAACUCGUGAAGGAGUUCUCGAAGAGUGUUGGGAGUAGAGGGGGUGUGAGGGUGUUGGUUAAUCGGGAGGAGAUUGGUGGGCGGAGCGAGUGGAAGGGCGUGUUUGAUUACGAGAUCAUAGCCGACACAGACUCGUUCGUCACGCGGCUCAUCGAAGGUUGGAAGCGUCUCCGGCCGCACGACUGGACUGGUCGACAGACGACGCUGGGCGAAGUAUUUGGUCCGGCUGCGAAUGUGAAGAAGGGUGUUUUGACCGAAUCGGUCAAGAAACGCCAACCUCUUGCUCCUCUCGCACUCAACUCGCUCCCCACUCUCCCCUCCGCUCUUCCUACUAUCCCUCCCUCCACCACCGCGCUCGUUCAGACGCCACGCAAACGCUCCCUCGGCACUUCCUCACUCCCAACUCCCUCUCCGACUCCGACAAAACGCCCUCGCACCUCUUCUCCUUCCAGCUCGACGUCUCAGCCGACGAAGAGUUUGUCAAGAACGCCAUCGAGCAGCUCGCUCCCCCGCACGCCCUCCAGCUCGAAGCGUACGACUCGUACUUCCCUCCGCGCUGCCUCCGCCUCCUCCGCUCCGGGCCUUCAACUUGCUACGCCUCCUGCGUCGACAAGGAAGACGGAGUGCGUUUCUCAAGUCGCUGGGGAGGAAAGCGCGAAGGAGAGUCGGACGAGGGAGCUCGUCGAUGCGAGCGAGUCAGAGGAGGAAGAAUCAGAGGCGGAGAUCUCGCUCAUCUCGACUUCGCCCACGAAGAGGAGAAGAACCACAGCGGAGAGGUACGCGACGCCGCCUACUACGCCUUUACGGGCGAAGGUGGAGCGGAAGAAGGCGGUGAUUAUCUCGCCUGAGCUCUGA